UCUCGUGUCAGGCGAUCACGUGGCCGUGUAGGGCAGACGGGCGGAGUUCUAGUCUUUUACCGCCGCGCGCCCUAGCAUUCCUGCGGCUGCGGGGACGGACGCGUAUUGCCUGUGGACCCCACGCGAGGCGCCGCAGCCACAACUACGUGAGUUCGCUACGAGGAUUGCCCGCUUCCAUCCAGUGUAUAAUGAAUCACAGUAUGAAGCAGAAACAAGAAGGAAUCCAAGAGAAUGUAAAGAGUAGUCCUGUUCCAAGAAGAACUCUGAAGAUGAUUCAGCCUUCUACGGCUGGAUCUCUAGUUGGAAGAGAAAAUGAGUUGGUUAAAAGCUUGUCCAAACGGAAACAUUGGAAUGACCAGUUAAUAUCUAAGACUUCCAGCUCUGGAGUUGUUACUGACCCAGAACACAGUGAAAAUAAAAAUCUUGGAGGUGUCACCCAAGAAGCAUUUGAUCUUAUGAUUACAGAAAAUCCAUCCUCUCAAUAUUGGAAAGAAGUGGCGGAAAAACGGAGGAAGGCUCUCUAUGAAGCACUUAAGGAAAAUGAGAAACUUCAUAAAGAAAUUGAACAAAAGGACAAUGAAAUUGCCCGCCUGAAGAAGGAGAAUAAGGAAUUGGCGGAAGUAGCAGAACAUGUACAGUAUAUGGCAGAGAUAAUAGAGAGACUGAAUCAAGAACCUCUGGAUAACUUUGAAUCACCGGAUAGUCAGGAAUUUGAUUCUGAAGAGGAAACUGGUGAGGAUUCUGAAGUAGAAGACUCAGAAAUUGGUACAUGUGCUGAAGAAGUUGUCUCUUCCUCUGCAGAUGCAAAACCGUGUGUGUGAAAUUCCGUAAUAUUGACUCUUGAGAAAUAUACUGCCAACAUUCACCUCCACUGUAGUUCUUUGUAGCAGAGCAAAUAACUUUAUAAUGAAAACUUGGACUCAGACUUCCUUGUUUGUAUCCUGGGGCCCUAUUAUUGUAUUAAAAUACAAAUACUAUGUAUUUUUAAUCUACGGUGUUGUUUUGUGUAAAUAGCAUUUUCUCAGUUGUCAGACAUGACUUGUGUAUAGGAUAAAUAAAUUUCAUUCUGUUGAGCUUUGUGUAUAUCUUGAAGAAUGAAGUAUAAGGAGUCUGGGUAGAAAAUUUGUCUAUUUCUGUGCUUUUGUUUCCUUUCUAAUCUGCUAACUAGCUUGGAGGAAACAAGGGGAAAAUGAAUUCUCCCUUUUUAGACUGAGAUAGCUGAGCUUUUACCUCGUAAACCUGGUUGCACCUUAGGCUCACUGGAGGGAAUGUUGAUUUCUAGACCCCAUGCCCAGGUAAUCUAACCCAGUAGGAGUGUGAGCAUCUAGAGUCAAAGGCCCCCCAAGUGAAUCUGAGAGGAGCCAAGUAAAGGCUGGUAUGAUCAUACUCUUCUUGGAAGCUUAAAAUGUUGGGGUGGUGUUGGUAGUCCUCUAGAGAAGCAAAGUGGGAAGCAGAUGAAGAGAUGCAUGAAUAGCUAAGCGUUCUGAAACUUUCUAUUUGCACAUUUCACAUACUGGUAUAGACAAAGUACGUAUACUGAAGCAAUAUGAAGUAAGAGUAGGGUGAAAUUAAGGAUUUCUCAUAUGUACUGUUCUGAAGGAAGAAAAGGACAAAAUAAAGGGAAAUUGUUUGCAAAGUAUACAGCAUUGGGAUUUAGUUCUGUGGAAAGCAUACAAGAAGCUUUGUAUAAAUUGGCAAUAAAGAGCAAUGUCAAGCUUUAAAGGAUUACUUUAGGCAAGUUAUUCUUAUAGAACUUUAAUUUUCUUAUCUCUGAUAUUAAGUCCACCUCUGUUUUUGUGAGAAUUAAAACCUUUACUAGAA